AUGGUCAAACGCAAUAGAAACCCUUAUGAGGAUUUCAUGGCGAAAAACCCUACGAUGUUUCCUUGGGGAUCCGACGACGAGAUCCAAGCCGAAAGCAAAGAGCCACCAGACCUUGGCACGGCUGCACUAUCCAUUUCGCCACUGCAGCAGAACAUCGCCGAAGGUUCGAUUUCUUGGGUGCUACCAAGCUCUAGAUUGCUGGCUGGAAAAGUGUUGCAACAUUGCCAAGCCGUGAUAAAACGCUUCCGCUUAGAAUCUGGUGGCUUUGAACUGGUCAUCUACAAGAUUGGCAUUACCCACGAGUGUUCUAGACGAUUCGAGCUGUACCAGGCGAAAGGUUGGGACCAAAUGGUUGUCAUGUACCAGAGUGAUGAGCUCGGGGCAGUCGAGAUGCUGGCCACUGCCAAGCACGUCGUCUCCAUUGCGAAGACCUUCGCUCGGGAGGAUGACUGCAAGGCUUUGCGGGAAAUGGCUAGUUGUCCGGACGGGGAUGCCGAGAAAGCUUUGCAGCGAGUGCUGAAGCAGUACGAUUUGACACUGAAUGUGCCGCUUACACAGAUCGAUUGUGGAGCCCCAUACACAGUUCCAGUGUUGCUACCCGAAGAUUACAUUGGAAGUCUUUCUGAGAAGGGACAUUUACACAGGCUUCUCGGGGGGCCCCUUUAUGACAGUGCUCCGCGACUACGAGCUUUUUGGCAGCGAUACAAGGCAUGGGUACCAGAGCACGAGAUUUGGACGCACGAUUUUUGGGAUCCGGAAAGUACCGUCCCGUUAUUGGUGCACGGCGACGGCGGACGCACGUACAAAAAAGACGAGCUUAUGGUGGUGCAAUUUCAGCCAGUGCUGGGGUGGGGCACACGUGCAUCGCAUCCACUGCCUAAUCGACGUGCUGCAGGUGUCAACGUACAGAAGCACUGUUUUUGCACAAGAUUUCUGUUUGGUGUGCUACAGAAGGGCGCAUACAAGGAGGCACCGGAGAACUUCACAAGGUUCUUGGACGUUUGCAUGCAAAAUCUGUCGAAGUUAUACGUCCAUGGAUUGCACUUGCAAGGCAAACAUCUACGUUUCCUCGUUCUGGGGGUCAAAGGUACGACACAUUAUCCUUUCGAAGAUUUUGGAUCGUCGCCGUCGUGGCUUGCUACAACCGGGGCCAAGAACCCAUGGCCCUGGUCAGUGCUCCCGCCGCAUUUGGAAUAUCUUCCUCAUGUCCGAGAUGACCCGGGCUCCUUCUAUCGCUUCGACGUCAUGCACCUGUACCAUCUAGGAGCUGGCAGAGACUUCUGUGCCAGCUCCCUUGCCAUCCUCCUGCAGCUUUACAAUGGAACCUCCAUUCCUGAAAAUUUAGCUUAUAUGACGGCGGACUUGAGACGCUUCUUGAAGGACACUCAUCGUCAACUUCACUUUAAAGCCCUGACCCGCGAACUGCUUGGCUACAAAAGCGAAUCGUGCUUCCCUACGGGGCACUGGUCCAAGGCCAUGGAUACGCCUGUCAUGAUGGAAUUUGUUUUCUGGCUUUUGCAGCAAGAUCAACAUCAGACAAAACUGGGUGAGGACAAGCUGCUCAGGCUCAUGGCCUCAGCAGCUCACGCCAUGGGUGUUUUUAUGCGAACCUUGCUCGCUGCUGGCUUAUGGCUUAGUCGAGACGAAGCGGCUACUGUUUCGGAAGCUGGAUUGCAUUUUCUGCAGUGCUAUGCGAAAUGUGCACGGAUUUGCCUGGACCGCUCCAUGUGCAGAUAUAACUUGACUCCGAAGCUUCACUUCUGGCAUCACCUGUGCUUAGAAAUCCGCCAAGGCCUUGAUCGAAAUCUUGAUGCCUUCUUGAAUCCACUCUGUGAUUCCACAUUUGCCGAUGAAGACUUCGUUGGCCGAGUCAGUAGGCUCAGUCGUCGGGUGAGUCCACGCUUGCAGGCCUUGAGAACCAUAGGCCGUUAUCUCGUGGGCACAAGGACGCAGUUACGGCAGGGGUAG